AUGAUGAUCUUUUGUUUAUUUGGGCUGUUCUAUCUGCCCAGUCUUACUUCGGCAGCUAGCCUUUCGUUUGAUAUUCCCUCCAGCCCCCCAUCCAAUGCAAGUGCCACGCUCACUGAAGCCCCUGUCGGUGUCUCCUUCGAGUUCUUCGCAUACCCCGCAUAUGUAACCAGUGUCGCGUCGACAGAGCAGUGCCUGAGCAAUUUCAAAGACUUGACUGGAGUUUGGCCACCUAUCCGUAUAGGUGGCACUACCCAGGACCGAGCCACAUAUGAUGCCUCAUCAAGUGCUGCCGUCACUUAUACCGUGGCUGCUUCAGGUGAUGCUCCUGAUUCUCUCACCUUUGGACCAUCGUUUGUCGCAUUAGCUGCGGAGUACGAUGGGGAUGUAACUUUAGGCCUCAAUCGUCGCUUAGACAAUAUAUCCAAUACAAUUGCAGCUGCAAAACUCGCGGUCGAGGAGAUGGAUAACCUCUAUGCCAUUGAACUCGGCAAUGAGCCAGAAUUCUAUUCUUCUACCGACCCAAUCGCGGACGGUGCCUCUUGGACUGCCGCAGCUGACUAUGCGUCUCAGGUUAAAUGGCAAGAUGAAGUUUUCGGAAACUUAUCCAUUGAGAAUAUUGUUUCCGCCGGUGUUUAUUUUGGAACAUCUCCGGAGAGCAUAGUCGGUCUUACCGCAGUUGAGGGGGAUGCUAAUGACUACGUGAAGGAUUAUUGCUCUCACAAUUACCCCCAGUCUGCAAGUACUGCUGACCUGGAGACGCUUAUGGGUCAUAGCGAUAUUGCCUCGGAAAUCGAGGAAUUUGCUGCAGAGGUUACUGCUGCGGCUGCUAUGGGGAAGGAGCAUGUAUUUGGUGAAACUAACUCCGCGACGGGUGGUGGUGGCGGGAUAAGCCCGACUUUUGGGGCUGCCCUGUGGAUUUUGGACUAUGUCAUGCAAUCCCUCAUCAUGGGCACCAAGUCACUUUACUUCCACCAAGGCACGAUCGGAAACUGCCAAUACUGCUGGUGGGGUCGCUAUGAUAUGGGAUCUCCGUACUUUGGAGCAUACUUUGCCACAAUGGCGCUUGCAAAUGCGGAUCAAAUUGCUCCACUGGAUAGUGGGGAUACAGCAUUCGCGGCAUACGCCAUUUACAAAUCAGGAGCACCUAUUCGGGUUCUCCUUUACAACUCCGAAUACUACACUAGUGGAACUCGAUCAACCCAAGCAUUUGUCCUAAGCGGCAUACCGUCAUCCACUGUGACGGCCAAGCGACUCACUGCUUCAUACGCGACAUCGCGAGUUGAUGAAGGCGAUAGUCCUACUGUUGCGGGACAGUACUUUGGAAAUGGAAACUGUACCCUCAUGGGUGGUGAGGUCACUGAAACUACCACGGCCUCGUCUGGUAAAGCGACAUUCACGGUGGGCGCAUCGGAGGCCCUUCUGAUUGAGCUUUAG